ACUCUCAAGGAACACGUCUCGAUUUGCUUGUUGUGUAUUUGCAAAUUGCAACGAUAUAGUUAUUUUAAUUUCUGUGAUAAACAAACUUUCAAAACAAUGAUAAGAUACCGUGGCAAGAAAACCGUUAUAGAUAAAGUAAAAGAGUUGGAUGCGUUUGCAAAAGUCCCUGAUGAAUACGUGGAUAGUACACCGGUAGGAGGGACGUUUUCGAUAAUAAGCUUUAUAAUUAUAAUGUACCUAGUAUACAGUGAAGUUAGUUAUUUUCUAGAUAGCAAUUUAGUGUUUAAAUUCAUGCCAGAUACAGAUAUGGAUGAAAAACUUCGUAUAAAUAUUGACAUUACAGUGGCAAUGCCAUGUUCUAACUUAGGAGCCGAUAUUCUGGACUCCACGUCCCAAAGCGUGUUUGGCUUUGGUGAAUUACAGGAAGAGGAUACGUGGUUUGAGCUGACUCAAGAACAACAGGAUGCAUUUGACGCAGUAAAAUAUAUAAAUUCUUAUUUGAGAGAGGAAUACCAUUCACUGUGGCAGUUACUUUGGAAGAAGGGCCAUGGAUCUGUGAGAGCUACUAUACCGCCCAGAAAAACGAAACCAAAUCGUCGACCAGAUGCAUGUAGGCUUCAUGGAGUUCUUACAUUAAAUAAAGUAGCUGGCAACUUUCACAUAACAGCUGGAAAAAGUUUACAUCUACCGAGGGGUCACAUUCAUUUAAACAUGUUGUUUGACGAUACACCACAAAAUUUUAGUCACAGAAUACACAGACUCAGCUUUGGUAGUCCAGCCAAUGGGGUUAUUUAUCCACUAGAAGGUGAUGAAAAGAUCACCAAUGAUGAAAACAUGCUUUAUCAAUACUUCAUAGAAGUUGUACCAACAGAUGUGGAUACUACAUUUGAGUCAAUAAAGACUUUCCAAUAUUCUGUUAAGGAAUUGGAGAGACCAAUAAGUCACGCUAGAGGCUCUCAUGGUGUUCCCGGCCUAUUUUUCAAGUAUGAUAUGGCAGCACUAAAAAUUAAAGUGUACCAAGAAAGAGAAAAUCUUCUGCAAUUUAUGUUAAGACUGUUUUCGAUUAUAGGUGGUAUAUAUGUUAUUAUGGGUUUUAUUAACACAUUAGUGCUUACAGUAAGAACUGCAUUUGUGAAAAAAGCUGCUCCUGAUGUUUAUCAUCGAAUAAAUGAGAAGCCAAUGCCUGUACAACUAAAUCCUUUACUAGUAGCACAAAAUCUAGAUAUUCCUGACGGACAUUUAAUAAGACAAUGAUAUUUAUUGAAAUUUAGGUUUUAAGCAUAAAAUGAAUAAUUUCUGUACAUAAAAGAGAUUUUGUAAAUGUAUUAUUGUGACAUUCUUCAGUUAUCAUAUAUAGAAUAAUCAUUGUAUUUUUACUGGUAUUCGUAAGAAUUAAAUGUAAAUACUGGUAUUUUAAAUUGA